AUGUAAACAACGAAGAAGAAGAAGAGGUCAGCUGACUCAAGCUAGUCAAUUUAGCUACAACUGUCUUCUCCAGGAAAGAGGACUACACAGCAAAUUGAUGAAUUAGAUUUUUGUUUGAUAUUUUAGUUAAUCUCUACACAAAUUCCCGGUGUAACAAACAGCAUGAAAGGUUUAUAUUGCCGAGUCGGUGUGAAUGAUGCUGAGCCCAAGUUCGUUAUUCAGGAAACGUCUAUCUCAGAGGUCUUAGGCGGCCAUCAGGUCAGAGUUCAGGUGAAGGCAUGUGGACUCAGCGCUCUGGACCUCAAGUUGCUCGAGGACGUCGGGAUCCAGAGAGAUUUAAUCCCCGUCGGCAGAGAGGUGGCUGGGGUCGUCCUGCAAGUGGGUUCAGAUGUUGCCUUUUUCCAGCCGGAGGACGAAGUCGUAGGUAUUCUUCCUCUGGAUUCUCCCUGCUCUGGACUCUGUGAUACCAUUGACAUAGAUGAACACUAUUUAGUUCAGAAGCCAGAGAAGCUGAGCUCGGUGUGUGUUGCUGGAGCGCUGCAGGACGGACUCUGUGCUUACACCGCUCUGCACACACACGCCCGCAUGGCAGCCGGACACACGCUCCUGGUUCUGGACGGCGCCAGUUCUUUCGGCCUGAUGUGCAUCCAGCUGGCUUGUUACCAUGGAGUGAAGGUCCUGACGACGUCACACUCACAGCAAAAACACACAUUCCUGGAGCAGCUUCGGCCCAGCGUAGGUGUUCAGGAUCCUCUAGUUGCCAGGGUGAUUCCGGUCUAUAAGGACUCAUCGGACCUGCUGCCGGUGGUUUUGGAGGAGACAGGAGGACUGGGAGUGGAUAUAGUCAUAGACUCAGGAGUGCGUCUACAAGAAGACAAGGAGCCAGAAGAGAUGAAGCUCCUCCCACACAAGCAUGACAUCAUCAGCGUGCUGGGAGUCGGGGGGCACUGGGUCACAUCCCACCAAGACCUGCAGUUGGAUCCUCCAGACUGCAGAUUACUCCACUUAAAAUCAGCCUCCGUGUCUUUCCUCAACCCUGAAGUCUGGACGGCUUCAUCGGCUCAGCAAGGAAGAUAUCUCCAUAUUAUGAAGGACAUCGUGGAGAAGAUGUCAGCUGGAGUACUCAGACCUCAACCUGAGGAGGCUGUCCCUCUCUACGAAGCCACAGUUGCCAUGGAGACCGUGCAGCGUCACCAGAAGAAGAGGGCGGUUGUUCAACUGUGACCAAAUGACUCUGCUGGGAUGCUGCUACAGAUAACAAGUCAAUAAGAUCGCUUCUCCCUGCAGUUCACGUAUCGUUGAGGCAGUGAAACCUGUCCCAGCAUGCACUGCAGGGACCACAAGGAGACGACAUGGACCCGUUUGACUUUAAACUGCAGAGGAUCACUGUAGAUUUUCUUCUUCAGAGGAAACAGUCGUACCCACAGAGCCGCCGUGUGUCGUUUCAAACACAGACACAUUGAACCACAUUCAGACCCAGUUUUUAAAUGACAUGUUUAGCCUCUAAAUAUUUAUGAAUUCAUGCGGCUUUCAAAUUAGACUACAAACCAUAUCAAAGCCUGUUUGAUCAGUUUGAAUUUUUAUUGGUGAAUCCACACAGCUUCAUCCCAACAAAUGUUGUGUUAUACAUUUAAAAAGAAACGACUGCGAUUGUGGUGAAUUCCUGAGAGAAUUUGCUUGUGAUGUAAAAAAACAUUCAUGAUUGAAGGUUUGCAUCCAAAUGACUGUAUAAACAGCAAAUACAGUUUAUGUUAUUGAACUAAGUGUACUGGCUUAUAUGUUGCAGAUUUUGUUUACUGACGCCAACAGCUUUGUAAUUACUUGUAUUAAAUCUUAAAUGAAUGGAAAAGAUCA